UAAUGUUUAUUCAACACCAUUACAUACCAGCGUCUGGGUGAGGCACUGAAGAGAUAGUGACGAAUAAGAAAAUAGAGCCAGAUACCUGUUUCCUUCCCUUCCCACUUGCUGCAUGGACAGGUUUUCCAGGACUGACUGCUGUACAUCCAGCUGCUUGGAUAUUCUGUGCUGUGCCCUUAUCCCAGCCAGAGUGGUUCUGCUGACAUUUGCUGCUUUCAACCUUGAGCUUGCUUCAUGUUUGAACUAAGCACCUUGAAUCUAGAGAGCUGCCUUCUCCAGGGGCCCAGCCCUGGAGCUGAACCUCUCCCGUUUCUUAACCACACACUGCCUUCUGACCUGGCUUGUUCUCACCUCCUGGCUCUAGACUCAAAGGAAGUGGAAGCUUUUUAAGGCCAAGCAUGGGAUUCUUCUGAUGGAGUAACUGCUGGUGAGUGGAAGACCCGGGCCAGUGAGCUGCCUUCCAUCCCGAAGCUCAGCUCUGAGCCUGGGUAUCUGGGGCUCCACCUCUGCCAUCCAUAUGGAAACCAGAAGGAGCUGGGCUCUCAGAAGUCGACUGUGCUCACCUGUGAUGACACUGCUGGUCUUUGCCUUUCUGCUCAGCUGUCUUCUCAACUCCAACGAGGCCAAGGUCUACAGUCGCUGUGAGCUGGCCAGAGUGCUUCGAGACUUCGGCCUGGAUGGCUAUCGGGGAUAUAGCCUGGCUGACUGGGUCUGCCUUGCUUACUUCACAAGUGGCUUCAAUACGGGUGCUGUGGACCAUGAGGCAGAUGGAAGCACCAACAACGGCAUUUUCCAGAUCAACAGCCGGAGGUGGUGCAAAAAUCUCACCCCGAACUCCCACAACCAGUGCCGGGUGUACUGCUCUGACUUGCUGAGCCCUGACCUCAAGGAUACCGUUGUCUGUGCCAUGAAGAUUGCUCAAGAGCCCCAGGGUCUGGGCUACUGGGAGACCUGGAGGCGUCACUGCCAGGGCAAGGACCUGAGCGACUGGGUGGAUGGCUGUGACUUCUAGGACCCCCUCUGGAUGGACCAGGUUAUGCACAGAAGUCUAAGAAAUGUGGCCCAGACUUGGGAAGACAAACCAAUUAAUCAAAUAUAGUUUAACACAAGCAUGGCUCUCUGUAGUUUGUGCAUCCACAGUUGCUGAGUCGCAGUCAAAGCCUCUGAUUGUCCUUACUCCAUCUGGGGUGGGCAUCAGGUGGGUUCCACAAGGCCUACCAUGGAAAGCUCGCCCAGCUCCCAGUGAUCUUGGGCCGGCAGCCAGUGUCUUCCUUGUCUACGCCUGGUGACAUUUUAGUCUAGGCUUGCCAGAUUUAGCAAAACAAAUGAACCAAACAAAAAUAGAAUGCCACAUUUAAAUUUAAGUUUUGAAUACACAAAUAAUUACAACUGCAUGAUCUUAGUAUGGAGCACAGUUACAUUUAAAAGUCACUUGUAGCUGGGCCUGGUGGCAUGUGCUUAUAGUCCGACACUCUGGAAGGCUAAGGGAUGAGGACUGCAAAUUUAAGCCAAGCCAGGACAACGUGGCAAGACUCUAUCUCAAAACAAAAAAUAAAGUAUCAGCUGAGGGAUGUAGUUCUGUGCAAAGGUCCUAGUUUCAAUUGUUGGCACUGCAAAAACAAAAUUACUUGUGCAUAUUAAAUUCAAAUGUACCUGGAGUGUCUUAUAUUUUA